CGACAAGACCACCACACCAUUGCAAGAUGACAACAAACAUCCUGGUCGUAGGCGCAGGUGCAAUCGGCGCAUUCUACGCUUCUCGCCUGCAUCAGCCAGACAACGGCGUGCUUGUCAGCGUUGUCUGUCGAUCCAACUACGACGUUGUGCAGAAGGAUGGGUUCACCAUGGAGACGAGAUCGUUUGGCGAAUACAGCUUCAGACCCGCCAACGUCUUCAGAUCACCGGAAAAUGCCAAGUCCUCCAAGAUGCAAUGGGAUUACAUCAUCGUCGCAACGAAGGCGCUACCGGACCAUUCAGACGACAGUGCAAUGCUCGAAGGAUUAGUUACUCCCACAACGAGCAUCGUACUGAUCCAGAACGGUGUCGGGAUCGAGGAGCCAUAUGCGAAGCGUUUCCCACAGAGCUGUGUGAUUAGUACCGUUACCGUCACCUCCGCCGCACAAGUCUCUCAAGGCCAUAUCAAACAGCACCGCUGGACACGCCUUGAGGUCGGUGCAUACCUUGCGCCCUCGAAUUCCACAUCGACAAGUACAUCCAACUCAUCAUCCAGUGCACCAACACUUCCACCAGCUCACGAAUUCGCCACGAAGAAGCUCGUAGAGAUCAUGCACCAAGGAGGAAUCAAGGAUGCAGAAUACUGGGAUCCAGUCGAGAUGCAGCUCGUACGCUGGCAUAAACUCGGCAUUAACGCCGCUUUCAACCCCAGCGCAGUCCUCUGCGGCGGAAUGGGUAACGCAGACAUGCUCCGCGAUCCCGAGCUGAGGACCCACAUCACCGGCGUAAUGCGCGAAAUCGUCCAUGCCGGAACGGCCCUCCACGGCAGGGCGAUGCCAGAAAAGCUGGCGACGAUUGAAGCCAUCUUGAAAUCCACGGAACGGAAUGCGGGAGCAAAGCCGUCGAUGCUAUUGGAUUGGGAAAGCGGAAAGGCAAUGGAGUUGGAGGUUAUUCUUGGGAAUGCGGUUAGGAUGGCGGCGACGAAAGGGGUGGAGAUGCCGAGGUGUCAGAGCAUGUAUGCGUUAUUGAGGAGUCAGUCAAGAUUAAGGGAGGAGAAGAAGAAGUCGAAGCUAUAGCCUGGCGUCUCCGACAAAG